AUGAAUCCAGACGACAAGAAAGAUACCGGGGGUCAUUCCGCGUCUUCCAUUGGCGGAGACCUCACUUCACCAUUUUUACAGACCUUGCCUGAUUAUGCUGACUUUGGGUCGGUAUCAGACCAAAAUUUCCUGGACCCGCAGAGCUUCGACCUGAGUUUUGAUGAACUGUGGUCUACCAAUAUCAACCAAACCCAUGGCGAUACAAACAGCAGCCGAAAUCACUCCCAGCAACUCCACACCGUCGAUUCAUCAUCAACCCAAUCCCCCAUUCUCACACCUUCAACAUUGCCCCCGAAAGUCGGGCACAGAUUCACACUGGAAGCCCUUCGCUCCCUGAAAGAAUGGUUCUCCACACAUGCCGAUAAUCCAUACCCAACUGAAGGAGAAAAGACCAUACUGGAGUAUCAAACCGGCCUGAACCGAACACAAAUAACGAACUGGUUGGCCAACGCCCGAAGACGCCGGACGAUAGCUGAUGGCCGAGCCAACGGAAAUAAUCCAGUUCCUGAAGGCUAUACGCCUACGCGCUCCGGAACACCCAUUCCGAGGAGGGGGCUGCCUUUGACAGAUCUUAAUCCCCUGCAAAGAUGGGAGAAUUCGCCCCCUGAAAAUGAGCCGGCUACUGUCUCUGAUAUUGCUCGGGCAAUGGCUUCUGAAGAACUGUCAAAGUCGAGAGGUCGAAGAGGAACGUUCUCAAGCGAUGAGAAAAUACCACGGAGACGGCGGCACCGAUCAACAACGAGCAGUUUAGGCACAUCGAGAAGUGGUUCUGCAGACUCGCGCUCAUCUAAAGGCUCCAUCAGCGGAAUCUCAUCACAUAGCCGUGGCCGCUCAAUCCUAAGACCACAUAAGUUGAACUCUCUUACAAAGGCUCGGCACCAAUAUCAAUGCACAUUUUGUACGGAGACCUUUAGAAGGAAGUACGAUUGGCAACGUCAUGAAAACUCAUUGCAUCUCCCCUUGGAAAGAUGGGAGUGUUCACCAAAUGGAUCGACAGCCAUGAAUACUGAUAAUGGGCAAAUUGUCUGUCUUUUUUGUGGCCAGGAAGACCCAGAUGAGAAUCACCUGGCACAGCACAAUCCUUCUGCUUGCCAAGAAAGGGCGUUCAGCAGAAAAGAUCAUCUAAAGCAGCAUUUACGACUCGUACACAAUGCUGCACUCAUAGAUCUGACUACGAAGUUGUGGAAGACUACACAGCCAGAUAUCACCUCAAGAUGUGGUUUCUGUCAAGCUUCUUUGAGCACAUGGCCGGAUAGAGUUGAUCAUCUGGCGAAUCAUUUUAAGCUCGGAUGCACCAUGAAAAAUUGGAUUGGCGACUGGGGAUUCGAGGAUUCGGUGCUGAAGACUUUGGAGAAUGCCAUGCCUCCAUACCUUGUGUAUUUUGAGGGCGGUACCCCGUAUCCUUUCACGGCUAUAGGCUCGCCCCCUGAUACUCCGAGGACGGCAUACGAGCUCAUUACGAUAGAGUUGGCAUACUUCAUACAGCACCACAACGACAGAACUGGAAGUCUACCAAGUCAUAGGGCAUUGCAGCUGGAAGCAUGUAGGAUUGUAUUUGGGUCCGAAGUAAAAUUUCCUGAAACCAGUCCGGAUUCACAUGGGAGUUCGUCAUGGUUACGAGAUUUGAUAUUGUCAUCUGAUGAAAUCGCCCAACAGGCCCGUUUCGCGCCCAUCCGUUCGCGUGCAGAGAGCAGACUGUCGGUGUUGCGAAUUAAGGGCAAAAACGCAUUGUUUGAGGAAUGUCCAUUGGAAUUACGCUUGCAAGCCUUUGUGCUCACUCAAAGGGCAAAGGGUAUCUAUGUGAUAUCGGAUGAUGAGCUCCAAAGAGAAGCUGGACGAAUUGUUUUACAAAUGGAGAGCGAGUUGCAGACAAAUCCUGAGUAUGUGGCCAAUUGGCUGAUUGGGUUUCUCAAUCAUUCGACACGCUGGGUCACUCAAUUUCGACAGCGCGCAGUGAGCAAUAGUCAGAAUGCCUUUGGACCGAGCCGUAUUAGGCAAUGGCAAGAUGACGGUCAAUGGAAGUUUGACACAUCAUUACACGAAGCACAGAACUCAUGGCCCAGUGGAAAUGAGUGGUUGCUUGUUGGGCAUGGCGAUCAGGCGGAUACGGUCUGGGGAACAGAAACUGAGAUCAGUGCCAAUUUGACAUCUACGGAUGCGUCACUGCAAGACUUUACAUGGCUGUGGUCGGACGACCAGUCGCCACCUGCUAUACCAGAGCCGAACCUGAGCCCUGGAGCUGAAGGUCAGUCAACACUUCGACCAACAUGGCUUGGGCCUGGCAUAUACGUCCUAAAUGACCCAAAUCACAUUCCAUGGUUUGCCCGCGAGAUGAAGCGAUGGGUGAAAGCCGCCAUGUCGCCGAAUAACCCAAUCUGCCAUGUUCCUUCCGACGAGGAAUUGAGACAUCAAGCUCGAUGCUUGUUGUAUAAUGACGAUGAUCCUUGGAACCAAACACCGGCGGAUAACACGCAAUGGCUCGAGAUUUUCAAGAAGGAGGCUGGUAUUCUAUGA